AUGGAAUGUCUCUAUGGGCUUCCCCGGCGGUUCUACAGUGACGCGCACCCGUUCUCGUCGGCCGAGUUCUCCGAACACCUGUCUGCAGCUGGCGUGCAGCAGAACAUCGCGCCGCCGCACACUCACUUCUGCGUGGGCGCGGCAGAGGGGGCAGUGCGGAGAAUCAAGCGUCAGCUUCACUUCAUGGCGAAUGAGGAAGGGUCUAACUGGCUGCCGUGUCUUCCCAAAAUUGCCUUUAUGAUCAAUAAUUCUGUCAUGCCCGACAUCAAGGUGUCGCCGUUUGCUGCGUUGCAUGGGUUCAUCCCUCGGCUGAGUCUCGACAACCUCCUUGCCCCCUUGCGCAGCGUUUCCCUGGAAGCGAAAAUGCGCGAGCUUGCCGCCGACAGGGAGCAGCUUCGCGUGGACCUGAUGCACUACAGGGAGCGCAUGAAACGGUUCUCCGAUGCCAAACACCAGCGCGUCGACUUCCAGCCGGGAGACAAGGUCAAGCUGUUCCACCCUGGGUCACCGUUUGGGUGGAAAAGGGGUGGCUUCUCGGGGCCCCACGACGUCGUGCAGCGGCUCAACGAGCAGACGUACCUCGUCCGCUACCCGGUCCGUGGCCGCCUGGAGGACAGGCCGGUCCACGCCUGGAAUUUGGAAAGGUACCACCUGCCGGCAGAUGACUGA